UCGUUGCAACCAACGGUGAUACACAUUUGGGUGGUGAAGAUUUCGAUCAACGUGUUAUGGAACACUUCAUCAAAUUAUUCAAAAAGAAAACCGGCAAAGAUGUUCGAAAAGAUAACCGUGCUGUACAAAAACUCCGACGUGAAGUUGAAAAGGCAAAACGAACAUUAUCUUCACAGCAUCAAACUAAGAUUGAAAUCGAAUCAUUCUUUGAUAAUGAAGAUUUUAGCGAAACAUUAACUCGUGCCAAAUUCGAAGAACUCAACAUGGAUCUCUUCCGAUCGACAAUGAAGCCUGUGCAAAAAGUAAUGGAAGACGCUGAUUUGAAGAAAAGCGAUAUUGCUGAAGUCGUUCUCGUCGGUGGUUCAACACGUAUUCCAAAAGUUCAACAAUUAGUCAAAGAAUUCUUUGAUGGUAAAGAACCAUCGCGUGGUAUCAAUCCUGACGAAGCUGUUGCCUACGGUGCCGCUGUUCAAGCUGGUGUUCUUUCAGGUGAAGAAAAUACGGGUGAUCUCGUUUUACUCGAUGUCAAUCCAUUGACGAUGGGUAUUGAAACUGUCGGUGGUGUGAUGACAAAAAUUAUUCCACGUAAUACGGUCAUUCCAACAAAGAAGAGUCAAGUCUUUUCGACUGCUGCCGACAAUCAACCAGUCGUCACCAUUCAAGUUUUCGAAGGUGAACGUCCAAUGACCAAAGAUAAUCAUGUUUUAGGCAAAUUUGAUCUAACUGGUAUUCCACCCGCACCACGAGGUGUUCCUCAAAUUGAAGUAACCUUCGAAAUCGAUGUCAACGGUAUUCUCAAAGUCACUGCUGAAGAUAAAGGAACAGGAAAUAAGAACAAUGUUGUAAUCAAUUCGAAUACGAAUCGUUUAUCACCCGAUGAAAUCGAACGUAUGAUCAAGGAUUCGGAAAAAUUCGCUGAAGAAGAUAAAAAAGUGAAAGAUCGUGUUGAUGCUAAGAACGAACUCGAAUCAUAUGUUUAUUCAUUAAAAACCCAAAUUGCUGAUAAAGAUAAACUCGGUGGCAAACUCUCCUCAGACGACAAAUCCGCAAUCGAAAAAGAAAUCGACGCAAAAAUUAAAUGGCUCGAUGAAAAUCAAGCAUCCGCCGACGUCGACGACUUCAAAGAACAAAAGAAAUCAAUCGAAGAAGUCGUCACACCCAUCAUGACAAAACUCUAUCAAGGUCAACAACCACCACCAGGCGGUGAUGUUCCACCUACUGGUGACGAAGGAAACAAAGAUGAAUUGUAA